CAGGGAGAGAACUCUUCUCAUUAGUCUAUCCGAACAAGAACUCCACUUCACAUCAUCUUCAUUCUCCUACCUAAACUCUGCGACUCAUGUAAUCAGGACAGCGAUAUACAUAUAAAGAAGAAAAACCCCACGAAAAAGCAUGCCAAAAUUCUACCACACAAGGGAUAAAUUGAUUAUAUGGAUAUGCAGAAGACUCGCGUUGAUUGUGCUGUAUACUUGCUGUUAAUCUUCGGAAUCUCAGUUGUUUUGAUGUCGGAUUUCAGCCGCAAUGCCUCUUUGUUCAGGUUGCCCAAGGCCCAUAAGUUGCCUCCUUCUAGAGCCAUCAACAUGCCUGUCCGUAGAGAUGAGCUUGAAGAGUCAUUAGCGGCAGCGGCAGUCUCGACCACAGACAAGACUGUAAUAAUUGCCAUCAUAAACAAAGCGUACGUAGAAGGUGAUAAGCCGAUGUUGGAUCUGUUCUUGGAUGGUUUUUGGCUAGGGGAAGGCAUCAGGGAAUUAACCAAUCAACUCUUGAUUGUGGCCAUGGAUCAGACUUCUUAUGAAAGGUGCAGAUUUCUUAGGCUUCAUUGCUACAAGCUGGAGACAGAAGGAGUAGAUUUCAUGGGAGAAAAGGUUUAUAUGUCGGCUGAUUUCAUCAAGAUGAUGUGGAGGAGAACACUUUUCCUUGGUGAUGUGCUCAGACGAGGUUACAACUUCAUUUUCACAGACACUGAUGUACUAUGGUUGAGGAAUCCAUUCCCAUAUCUGAGCAGAAAGAAAACCCCGGACCUCCAAAUCAGCACCGACAAGUUCAACGGCAAAGAGUGGUCGGAAUCCAACCACAUAAACACAGGAUUCUACAUGAUCCAAUCCAACAACAAGACCAUAGCCCUUUUCGACAAGUGGUACGCCCUCAAAGACAUCACCCCGGGACAAAAAGAGCAGGAUGUCUUGUUUGAUUUGAUGCGACGGGGAUUGUUCAGACAACUGGGCCUCACUGUCAGGUUCCUCGACACACUCUACUUCAGCGGCUUCUGCCAGGACAGCCGCAAUGUCACAGCGGUCGCCACCGUCCACGCCAACUGCUGCCGUAGUAUCUCCGCCAAGCUGGCGGAUUUGACCCGAGUGAUUCAUGAUUUCAGGAGGGCCAAGAGAUUUCCUCCCAACGUAACGGCGACGUUCCGGUGGACGAGUCAUACAGCUUGUAGGAAAUCCUGGAAGGAUUAAUUAAUUUAUAAUUGCCUGGAAUUUGCUCAAGUUUGAAUUUCAGUUUAAAUACAAUUUUUUUGAUG